AUGAGUGCCAACUUGGAUCAGGACCUGGCCGUCAUGGCGCAGGCUCGCCGGCCUAGUGUGGCCGAUGAGAAGGCUGCUGUGUACAGCGAGAAGGGAGUCUCUUCCCUCGACGAUGGCAGCCGAACCACACCUGGCCGAGAUGGCGAUGAGCCAACCAUGGAAGAGAUGAAGACACUGCGCAGGAUAUCUGGCAAGAUUCCGUGGACGGCCUACACAGUUACCUUUGUGGAGUUCUGCGAGCGCUUCAGUUAUUACGGUACAACAGCUGUGUUCGUCAACUUCAUCCAACAACCACGUCCAUUCGGCUCUCGCGCAGGCAACAUCAUGAACAACGAGACCUGCUUCAACGCUCCCGGAUGGGACAGAGAUGCUUGCUUGCAACCUGGAGGUCUGGGUCAGGAUCAGCGCGCCUCAACGGGUCUUACUACCUUCAACCAGUUCUGGGCCUAUGUCAUGCCAUUGGUCGGUGGUUACAUCGCCGAUACGUAUCUCGGUCGCUACAUGACUAUCCAAUGGUCUAUCCUCGCAGCAAUCAUCGGCCACACCGUCCUCAUUGUUUCCUCGAUCCCUACUGUUAUGGACAACCCUAACGGUGCUCUGGGCUGCUUCGCUGUUGGUCUAGUCAUCAUGGGAUGUGGAACCGGUGGUUUCAAGUCCAAUAUUUCGCCGUUGCUCGCCGAGCAGAUCCCAGAAACCCGUCCACGUAUCCUCACGACCAAGACUGGAGAGCGAGUAAUUGUUGACCCGCAAGUCACAUACUCGCGCGUCUUCUUGUACUUUUACAUGAUGAUCAACGCAGGAUCACUGGUUGGCGGUAUCGGCAUGGUCUAUGCCGAGCGCUUCAUCGGCUUCUGGCUAUCUUACGCACUGCCAACUUUCAUGUUCUUCCUCGCCCCAAUCGUCCUCAUCGGCUGCAAGAAGUUCUACAAGCUCGCACCUCCAACCGAGUCCGUCCUCUCAAAGUCAUUCAAGACCUUGAGCCUCGCAAGCAAGGGCUGCUGGUCCGCAAACCCCAUCCAGACCUACAGGAACUUCCAGCGGGACGACUUCUGGGAGAAGGUCAAGCCAAGCAAGCUCGGAGACAGCGCACCGGCAUGGCUACAAGGCGUCGACGAUGUCUGGAUCGACCAGGUCGCUCGUGGUUUCAACGCUUGCAAGGUCUUCACCUGGUUGCCACUCUACUGGCUUGCGUACAACCAGAUGGUUGGAAACUUGACGUCCAUGUCUGCGACUAUGCAGCUGAAUGGUGUGCCCAACGAUCUGAUCAACAACCUCAACCCAUUGACCUUGGUCAUCUUCAUCCCCAUCUUCGACGGCUUAAUCUACCCAGCGAUCCGAAAGACUGGAUUCAACUUCACUCCCAUCAAGCGCAUCACAUGGGGUUUCUUCCUCGCCAGCAUGGCCAUGGUGUCAGCGACGGUUAUCCAAUACUACAUCUACCAGAAGUCGCCAUGUGACAGCACCGAGGUCAACAGCGGCGUUGGGUGUGAGGCUCCAAUCAAUGUCUGGGUACAAGCCAUGCCAUACUGCUUGGUUGCCUUCUCCGAAAUCUUCGCCUCCGUCACUGGUCUCGAAUACGCAUUCAGCAAGGCGCCAGAGAACAUGAGAGGUCUCGUCAUGGGUGUCAACCUUGUGCAAACCGCAUUCUCCGCUGCUAUCGGUCAAGCUUUGGUGCCUCUUGCUGAGGAUCCUCUGUUGGUGUGGAACUAUACCGUCACGGCUAUCUUGGCGUUCCUGGGUGGUGUUGGUUUCUGGUUUACAUGGCGAUCACUCGAUGCUAGAGAGGACGAGCUGAACUUGAUUGAGGAGACCAAGUACAAGGGUCGUGGUGCUGCUGCGAGAGCAUCGAUGGAUGUUGAACGUGCUUAG